AACAUGCGAGAUCCGACGAGCCGACUCCACUGCGCGGUCGCAUUCCGCCCUGACUUCCCCUCUGCCAGCGGCCUGGUGCUUUGAGAUGAACAGAAGAUGUCGGUUUCGGGGCUGAAGGCCGAGCUGAAGUUUCUGGAGUCGAUUUUUGACCCAAAUCACGAGCGUUUCCGAAUAAUAGACUGGAAACCCGAUGAGCUGAGCUGCCAGUUCAACGUAACAAGAGAGAAGCUGCUGAUCAUUCACUGCAACAUCACGGAGUCAUACCCCUCAACACCCCCAAUAUGGUUUGUUGACUCCGAUGAUCCUAGCCUGGCUGAAGUGUUGGAGCGCUUAGAGGAUGUGAGAAAAGGCAGCACAUUGCUUCUUCAGCAAUUGAAGCGUCUUAUUUGUGAUCUAUGUCGGCUUUACAAUCUGCCACAACAUCCAGAUGUGGAAAUGCUGGACCAGCCUCUACCUGCUUGCCCGAUUACACAAGAGCGCAAGCAUGGGCCAACAGAUGAGGUGACAUCUGAAGAGGAAGAAGAGGAGGAAAUGGGAGAGCAGGACUUAGAUCUGGACCAAGACCUGGACCAUUAUGACAUGAAAGAAGAGGAGCCCCCAGAAGGCAAAAAGUCAGAAGACGAUGGAAUAGAAAAAGAAAAUCUGGCCAUCUUGGAAAAAAUACGUAAAAACCAGAGACAAGAUCAUUUGAAUGGUGCAGUCUCUGGUUCAGUACAAGCCUCGGAUCGCUUAAUGAAGGAACUCAGGGAGAUCUACAGGUCACAGAGUUACAAGACGGGUAUUUAUUCAGUCGAACUAGUCAAUGACAGCCUUUAUGAAUGGCACGUCAAAUUAAGGAAGGUAGAUCCAGAUAGUCCAUUGCAUAGCGACUUGCAGGUUUUAAAAGAAAAGGAAGGAGUGGACUUCAUUCUGCUCAAUUUCUCUUAUAAAGAUAAUUUUCCUUUUGACCCCCCUUUUGUACGGGUUGUCUCUCCUGUGCUCUCCGGAGGUUAUGUUCUAGGAGGUGGAGCAUUGUGUAUGGAACUUCUCACAAAACAGGGCUGGAGCAGUGCCUACUCAAUAGAAUCUGUCAUUAUGCAGAUAAAUGCCACUCUGGUUAAAGGCAAAGCCAGAGUCCAGUUUGGAGCCAACAAGAACCAGUACAAUCUUGCAAGAGCACAACAGUCGUACAAAUCCCUCGUGCAGAUUCAUGAAAAGAAUGGCUGGUACACACCACCCAAAGAGGACGGAUAAGGAGCUGCCACCACUAUGCACUUGGAACAUGUCUUUGGGUCAUCUUGUUUUCUUCAGAAUAUUUUCCCUCUCUGACUUACUGGGAAUAAAUCAUCUUUCUCACAGAAGCCAUCUCGCUGCCUCAUCUGACAAGUAUUCUCUCACUCUGCUCUGGAAAGGACUGAACUCUGGUCUCAUACCCCCCCCCCCCCCCCCCCCCCCCCCCCCCCUCUGUUUCAGUGAGGAGGACAAUAUGAGGGUAACACCUGUCCUGUUUUUUAAUGCUCUUUUUUCUUUUGGAGGAAAAAAAGAGGAAAACUAGAUUUUUCUUUCUUUUAGAUGUGGGGAAAUGCUUUUUCAUUUAGCUGCUUUGGCAAAGCGAACCCCACAAUCAGUUACCCUCUGUCUAAAUGACUCUUGUUUUUUUUUUUUAAAAAAGAUCAAAACCGAAGCUCUUGAAGUGGCACCUCAUUGCACCAGUUUUUAAAUGGACUGUGAUUUUACUUUUUCUGUUUCUUUUGGAAAUUAACAGGUACAUAAAUGCAUAUAUUGUUUAAGACAUUGUUUGAAUUUUAUUUUAUUUUUUUUGUUCUUUGAUCAUCCUAGACAAUAAAAGAGCCAAUUUCAGAUGUUGGAAGCUUAUCUUAAAACCGAAAAGAUCUGCUGCUCUCUCUCCCUCACCUCUUCUGAAAGUUUAUGAAGUGUAGAUUAAAAUGCUUCAGUGUUGUUGAACAAAGAUCAGCUGUUCAGCCAGUCACGACUAGGAUGAUUAUAUGUGAUAAGAUAUUUUACCAGAAGACAGGCCUAAUGUCGAAGCUGAAAGUCUCGUUUUGCCAUAUUUCUGUUGUUGCCCCUCAAAGUGCUGGUGGACUUUUCUGCUUUUGGCUGCAAAGGUUGAUGCCAACACCGAAUCAUUUCUGCUUGAAGUUGUACAGGAAACACAUCUUGGUUUUUUAUUUGUUUUUUUUUUUUUAAAAAGGUCUGAUCCUUUGAGUUGGAACUAGCUCUGCAUUGUAAACAAACCGAUGACGUUCAUCAUCUUUCUCAGACAAAUGCCCCUUUUCCACACGCUCUACUUUAACCUGCUCCACUACACUAAGCAUGUUUUGCGACCUGCUCGUCAGCAGGUCCUGUUGGGGCUGGGCAGGGCCGAAAUUGGACGUGAGCAGACUGCUGUUCACUGAUUGGGCAUGAGCAUAGUCAGCCGUAUGAGUCUGAUUGCAAUAUUCAGCGGCAGCUCGAUGGAGAAGUGUUCUUCAAGGUAGCAGAGCGUAUUAAAAAUAUUAAGGACCACAAUUACCAGAGCGAGAUAGACCGAAAGCUGUGGAAGUGACUUGAAGUCAUGGACCAUUUAUGGUCAUCGUCGCAGGAGUUAUGGACGGGAGCAUGGUCUGGACUCCACAACCUCACGAGUGUUUACUUUGCACACCACAUGACGCUGACGACUGGAGGCGGAGCUUCGAUGGAAACGCAACAGGUUUUGUCCCUAGUAGAACGAGGUAGAGCGGAGUGGAGCCGUUCAGUGCUGGAACCAUAAAUGGAAAAGGGGCAACGGUGUGACUAUUAAAUAGGGCCGCUCGUGUAGUCCAGCUUAAACCAGAACAUUUUCAUUUGUCUCUCAUUAGUCUUUUACAGUCUUGCACCACUAUCUUCUGGUCUAUCCUUGAUCUUCCCUGUACAGAAUGUUCCUCAUUUGUAAUCUCUAAAUCUCCAACCUUCUUUCUGUCAGACUUGCCUUUCCACCAAAAUGGAGAAAGAUGUUUGAUUUUUCACGCCUACUUUUCUGCUGAUUGGACCACUUUCACCAGAAAUAAACAACUUUAGAUCAAUACACCCCUUCACCAAUUUGUACCCUGAUUUAAAACAAACUAUUUCAUUCACGUCCUUAAGGCCUGCUGUCUGACUUUAUAAUUUGUUGCAGGUAAAUAUUUUCAUGAAUUAAAGCUAACAGUGGCGAUUAAAAUGCUUAAAUCCGACGUGGAAUUUCAUUUAAUUUUUUAUUAUCUGAAUUUUGAUUUACUCACUAUUCACAUUUUGUUUUUGGUUCUGAUCCACGUUUGGGCCCAUUGACUUUUAUCUUAACAGAUUGUGUGCCCUGAUCAAACCAUAAUAACUCGGUGAACUCCAGUUGGUAGAUGUCGCCCAUUGAAGCUAUAAAACCACAUUUCUUUGAGUAGACUAUGAAAGGAUUGCAGAAAAUGACUUUGAAAUGAUCAGCACCUGAACUCAACGGCUUCAGAAGUGAAAAAUGGGCAACAUGUAGCUUACGUUUAAAGAUUCCCUAAUGUUACAGAUUUGAGAAUGCUGAAUGUGUCAUCCAUAUUUCCCAUGAUCGUUACCAGUUUUAUCCAUCUUUGGCCUCUUUGUUCUGAAGCUUUAUCUCUAUUAGGACAUCUAAACCUUCGCCUCCUAUUUAAAGCCACACCAUGCCAGUCGUUUCCAGCCGUUCCAGCUCAGAUCUUGGCCUACUCUUCCUCUGUCGUCUCUGCAGCUAAACGCCCCUCAUCUUCAGGGCUCUCUUUGCCGCCAAAAUCUUACACAUCUUUUUUUUAUGUUACAAUUAGAGAGGGGGAUAUUGUGAUGGAAAUCUGAAGUCUUCAUGAAAAUCUAACAUUUUGACCGUAACGAUGCAACGUGCCGCAGCACAGCACAAGUCCUCCUGUCCGCUUAGCGCGGGACGUGCACUGUAUCUGUCAAUCUGAUGGUUCUUUUGCAGUUUAUUUGUCAACACUGUCUGCAGAUGUCUUAAAGGCAACUCAGGUAAUCAACGAUUCUUACGAGAAGGUUCAUGAAUAUUUCUGUUGGGUUAUCUGGGUUUAAAUAGUGCUCCAUUGGACUGUAGCUUGGCUUGUUCAUCAAGCAAUGUGUUGUUGGAAACAAAACUGAAGCGAUUUUAGAAAAACUUGUUUUUUGUCUGUGAUUCAGACAAUGAAAGUUGAAGACCCAAACAGACAAGAGUGUGGGAUUUCUGUAGCAUGAUGAUCUCUUCAAUAUUAACUGUAAUAUUUGCGUUGUUUACUCCCAGUUUUGGUGUGCGAACAAAUGUUUCCAGGUCGUUUGCAUAGCUGCCACCUUGGAGAAGCGCUAUAGGAACUUGUGAACUUAAUGUUUUCAGGUCAGAAAAACUAGAUCUUUCAUUCCAUAUUCUGUUGUUACAUUUGUCUGGUAUGUUUGAAGGGCGGUGAGUUUUUGGUAUUUGUUUCAUGAGGUGUCCCACCACUGACCAGUUGGUGUGUUUGGCACAGAAUAUUUACAGCAUAAAUCUUCUGGCAUUUUACCAACCUCUUUUGCUGCAGAGCCUUCAUUAAGCUGGGAGAAUGCCUCUAAAAACGAGCCAAAAAUCUGAUCACAGGAGAUAUUAAAGAUUGAAGGUAGACAGCCAUGAAGUGAUCACAUCUCCACACUUCCCUACUUGGACGGUGUUGUUGGAAAACAUCCGUUUAUCACGAUUAUCAUUGAAUUUUCUAUUAUCAACAAAGAGAUGUUGAGUCUUGCGUUUGGCUCGCCCUACUUUCUGUUUAUUUUUCAGUUUCCAUUUGAGGAUAUUUUGACCAUGUACAGUUAUUUGUAAACUUGCAUCAAGUUUAUGAAUAAAGAAUUUUAAAAUA